GUCAGAGACUAGAGAGGCCAGUCGCAGUCAAUAAAAAUUAUAAACUUACUACUACCAUCAAAUUAAUACACAAAUUAAAUUCAUUUUUAAUAAAAUAGGGUAUAAAUUUUAUAUAAUAUGGCAUCUGUAAUGGACGUUGAUGAAGAUGAAGUUGAGAUGGCCUCCUCAAGUAGCGGCAAAGGAGAUAAAAAAAGAUUUGAAGUUAAAAAGUGGAAUGCCGUGGCUUUGUGGGCAUGGGAUAUUGUGGUGGACAACUGUGCCAUUUGCCGCAAUCACAUAAUGGAUCUGUGUAUAGAAUGUCAAGCCAAUCAAGCUUCAGCCACCAGUGAAGAAUGUACAGUUGCAUGGGGAGUCUGCAAUCAUGCAUUCCAUUUCCACUGCAUCUCACGUUGGCUGAAAACAAGACAAGUUUGCCCUUUAGAUAACAGAGAAUGGGAGUUUCAAAAGUAUGGACACUAGCGAUCUCGGUCUCGUGGCUCACAUGAGUUCAACCAUCCGUCAUGUUAAUGUCAUAAUUGCAUUAAGUGUUUAAUAAAAUAACUCGUAUAUUAAAAUUUUCAUUAUUAAUUUU